AUGGAAAACCUCAGAGAAAGUCCAAUUGAUACUUAAUAAGGCUAUUUAAAAAUUAUCGCAUAGUGUUAAAAUUUGGUUGAAUGCUGGAAAUAAAGAAUAAGGAAAACUAAUUCUAAACUUCAAUUAUUAGAAAGAGCCUUUGAAUUUAUUCCUAAUAGUGGAGAUUUUUGCAAAGAACUUGUUAGUUUAUCAAGUGAAUAAGAAGCAAUAAUAAUACACUUAUGUAAAGCAGUUCAAUAUAUUCUUAAAAAUUUUAUCAUUUUGGUUGACAUUAGCUAAAUUAAACCUCUGAAAAUGAAGAAGCCAUUUUAAAUAGAGCAAGGUAAAAUCUCUUCAAGUGAUAAAUCUAUGAGUUUAAUUAUUUCUAUUUUUCUGAUUAAUUAUGAAUAAAAUCAAUAAUUUAAUGAUUUUACAUAAUGUUAAUAUAUGAAGAUGAAUAAUAUAAAGUCAUUAAAAUGA